UCUGUCAGCAAAAAGCUCAAAAUUGUUCAGUCUACUCAAAGAGUGUCCAGAGCAACAACAAUGUCUUGUGAAGAAUUCAGCGAGGGCGAUAAGAAAAUUAUACAUGAGCUCAGCAAAUCGCUCAAGAGUAAUGCACAAAGAUAUGGUGCGGAAUCUUUGUCCAGGCUGUUUAUGACUAAUCCUGGAAGCAAGACUUACUUUGACUACAGUGACUUUAGCAUGCCAAACCUGAAAGGCCAUGGGGAAAAGGUCAUGAAUGCAUUGGCCAAAGCAGCAGACAAUGUGGAUAAUCUGAAGGGGUCACUCUGCGAACUUGCUGCUCUCCAUGGGAAAACACUUCUGGUGGACCCUCAAAACUUCCCGAUCUUCUCUAGAUGUAUCCAAGUGACCUUGGCCAAUAACCUGAGCAGUUUCCCUCCUGAAUACCAACUUGCUGCGGACAAAUUCCUUGUGGCUGUUUGUGACCAUCUGAGCUCUAGGUACCGUUGAAAAUGCACCGAAGAGCAUUUCAGUGGAAAGCAGCUUGAAGCUCAUUCUCCACACUCCUCUCUGCCCAGUUUGCUCAAACUACAUGCCAAUGAAUCCUUUCUCAUUAUGAACAGUCUGCAUCUUUCUGUAGCCUGCGCUCUUCAAAAUUGAUUGUAAUUGUUAAACUGCUUCAAGUGAAAUUAUUCCUGAGACACAAUAAACAUUUGCUUUCACCAAU